AUGUCAAAGUUUGUCCUUCCUACGACCCUUCGGGAGUUGAGGUUCCACUUGUCGCAGACCGGUGAGGCGUCGGUUCCUUUGCGUAAAUUUCUCACUGCCAACUAUCCUGCUUUGAAAAAACAGCUGAACUACAAAAUACCCAUUUUAGUCAGAGAAGCUUAUGGAGUUCCUCCCAGCAUCACAGCACGGUUUGAGAAAGGGAAGGAGGUGAAGAACCACUUGGAAGGCUUGGAUGAGCAAGGAAUAGCCUCGGCAUUGUCGGAAUUGUUGAAAAAGUAG